AUAUAGAUUUAUAGACAAAUGUCAUUUUGAAUACAGAAAAUGUAAGAAAGCGCAGCAAGUAAAAAGAUUGAAUAAUUUUGCUUCUCUUUGAUAUUAUUAUAAACGCAAGAUUAUUAUAUAAUUAAUUAAACGAGAUACAUAUAAUUAAAGAAAUACAUAUAGAAGAGGCGCCCGAGUAGCAGCGUCAUUCAAAUGGCACAAUCUUUUAAAAUCUAUCUUUUGAACUUUUUCAAAACUGUAUCAAAGAUUGGAAAUAUACAAAUAUUCAGAUCUGUUCAUACCUAUAAUAAUAAUUAUAUGUUUGGCAAAUAUGCUAUAGUCCGACCAUGGUUGGUUUCUAAAAAGGUAAUUGUACCUGCAUAUAUACCUCAGCCAUCCUAUAGCAAAUCAAAAAUACCUGAAAAUGGGCCAAUAACGCCUGAGAUAAAGGAUGAAUCUCAAAUAGAAUGUAUGAGGCAAAGUUGUAAACUUGCCAGUCAUAUCCUACAUCAAGUUGAUACAUUAAUUAAGCCAGGUAUUACGACUGAUUUUCUUGACAAACAAGUACAUGAUAUGAUCAUUGGUAAUGGAGCUUAUCCCAGUCCACUCAAUUAUCAUGGUUUUCCUAAAUCUAUAUGUACAAGUGUCAACAAUGUUGCUUGCCAUGGUAUUCCAGAUAGUAGACCUUUACAAGAUGGUGAUAUACUCAAUGUUGAUAUAACAGUAUAUCUUAAUGGUUAUCAUGGUGACUGCUCGGCCAUGUUUCAAGUAGGUGAAGUCGAUUCAGAAGGCAAACGAUUGAUAACAGUCACAGAAUUAUGCUUAAAUUCAGCCAUUGAAAUAUGCAAACCUAAUCAACAUUUCUGCACUAUUGGUAAUGUAAUAGAAGAUAUAGCAAAUGAACAUAAUUUUAAUGUGAUACCUGCAUUUGUUGGCCAUGGUAUUGGAACUUAUUUUCAUGGUGCCCCAGACAUAUUUCAUUUUGCAAAUGAUUAUUCUGGAAAAAUGAAAGCAGGGAUGACAUUUACUAUUGAACCAGUUUUGAGUCAAGGAAUGACGCAAUUCGAGAUUUUGGAAGAUGGAUGGACAGCUUGCACUGUUGACAAUUCUAGAACAGCUCAAAUCGAACAUACAGUUUUGAUAACAGAUGAUGGAUGUGAAAUAUUAACACUCUAGUCCAUAAUUAUAAAUGUUACUGUUUCUAUAUAUGUAAUAUAUAUUAAAUUAUUUUUUUAUAUAUAUUUUUUAUGUAAAUCAUAAUUGAUUUACAUUUAAAAUAGCUUACUAGUAUUAUCCAGCUAAAUGUUUUUC